CCCCCCGUCCCCGCUGCUACCUGUUUGAUGCGGGGCGUCUCUCGCGCGCGCCUUAAAGUGGUGGCAGAGCUGCUGCUGCUGGAGGGCAGGUGUCGGGGCGAGAGGAGAGAGAGAGAGAAGAAGAAGGUGGCAAGGCGGAACUGGAAGGCGCGCGCUGCUCUGCUCUGCCGCGAGACACGAAGCGCGCGGAGCCCGGACUUGGCAUGGAGAAGCUCCUGCUCCUGCUCUUGACCCUGCGCCUGGGCAGCUGCACCGAUAAAACAGAUGAUGAGGAUGAUGAAGACCUAACUGUGAACAAAACUUGGGUCCUUGCCCCAAAGAUUCAUGAAGGAGAAGUCACCCAUAUACUGAACUCUUUACUCCAAGGCUAUGAUAAUAAACUUCGGCCAGACAUUGGAGUGAGAACUACCGUAAUUGAAACGGAUGUCUAUGUUAACAGCAUUGGUCCAGUCGAUCCAAUUAAUAUGGAGUACACCAUAGAUAUCAUUUUUGCCCAGACUUGGUAUGAUAGCCGCUUGAAAUUUAAUAGCACCAUGAAAGUACUUAUGUUGAAUAGCAAUAUGGUUGGAAAAAUCUGGAUUCCUGACACUUUCUUCCGAAAUUCAAGGAAAUCAGAUGCCCACUGGAUUACAACUCCAAACCGUUUGCUUCGAAUUUGGAGUGAUGGACGAGUAUUAUACACCCUAAGGUUGACAAUUAAUGCUGAAUGUUAUCUUCAACUUCAUAACUUUCCCAUGGAUGAGCAUUCCUGCCCACUGGAGUUUUCAAGCUAUGGCUACCCAAGGAAUGAAAUUGUUUACAAAUGGAAGAAAUCUUCGGUUGAAGUGGCAGAUCCCAAAUACUGGCGCUUAUAUCAAUUUGCAUUUGUGGGCUUACGAAAUACAACAGAUAUCUCUCACACACAGUCUGGAGAUUAUGUUGUCAUGACAAUCUUCUUUGUCCUGAGCAGACGCAUGGGAUAUUUUACAAUUCAGACAUACAUUCCUUGCAUCUUGACUGUUGUUCUUUCCUGGGUUUCAUUUUGGAUUAAUAAAGAUGCUGUGCCUGCGAGGACAUCAUUAGGCAUCACUACUGUGCUGACCAUGACCACGUUGAGUACCAUCGCCAGGAAGUCUCUUCCCAAGGUUUCCUAUGUAACAGCAAUGGAUCUUUUUGUCUCUGUGUGUUUUAUUUUUGUCUUUGCUGCUUUGAUGGAGUAUGGUACCUUGCAUUAUUUCACUAGCAACAAAAAGGGAGCCAAAGAGAAAGACAAGAAAUCAAAAAAUAAGUCAUCGAAUCCACCAGUGCUUCCUGUCCGUCCCGGUUCAACGUUAAUUUCAAUUAACAAUAUUCGCCACUUUCAAGAACGUGAUAACAGUUAUGGAUAUGAGUGCCUUGAAGGUAAAGACUGCACCAGCUUCUUUUGUUGCUUUGAUGACUGUCGCACCGGAUCAUGGAGAGAAGGAAGAAUACACAUCCGAGUGGCGAAAAUUGACUCCUACUCUAGGAUCUUCUUUCCUACAGCCUUUGCCCUGUUCAACCUUGUUUACUGGAUUGGAUACCUUUACCUAUAAAUAUAUGUUUGACUGUUUUAAAAAGAAGAGAACUGAUAUACUUAACACAUCACAACAAUAAGACUCUAAAAUAUUCAUGUCUAUAUUUUUUUAGUUUUUCAUGAUUGACAAUUCUUUGAAGAUCCAAAAUUAAAAUUGAAAAUAUUUAAGCAACUUCUGCUCUGAGUACUUAGAAAACUUUCUGCCAACCAUUCAGAUUUGAAAAGAAGGUGAACAUACACAUUUCCUUGCAUUGUUGAAGUAGCUUCAAUAAUGAUCAGUGUCUUCAAGGCCAUACUGGGAAUGUUUUCAUUAUUUGGUCAAAGAGAAAAGCUCUUUUGCAGCUCUUUCACUAAAAUUAGAAAAGCCUUAAGAUCUUGAAAUGGAAAAAAAUCACUGAAAUACUUCUGAUCACAGAAUAAAUAUGUCUAGGGGAAUUUUUAAGACCAUUGACCAACAACAUUUUUCUAGGAAGGAAUUAUAUUAAUUCUUCUGGCUUGACCAGUUUUUGGACAGAGAUGGAUGAUGAUGCUAAAGGCCAAACCGUCUACAAGUUCAUAAUCUGUGAUGUUUGUAUGUCUUUUGAACAAAAGUUUGGGAAAUACCUAUGGGGGAGGAGUAGAUAAAUGUUGCAACGAUACUAAUAGAAGUUAUGAUUUGUAGAAGGUGAUAACUGUGCACUAAAAAAAAGUAACCAGAAAAAUCAGGACAUGGGUCCACCAGAUCACAAAUUACUUGUACUUGGCUGAAACAGCUAACUACCGCCUUAUAUAUCUACUAAAUACACUCCUGUGAAGGUUAAUCUCAUGUAUAUGUCAAGGGCAGGUUUUGGUGCCAAAAUUCUGGAUUUUGAUAAGUCAAGGAUCAUUUCGUGAGAUAAGAAAGCACCAAUGCCGCCUUAACAACCAGCUGGCCAUAGCCACUGCCAUUUCCUUGCCCAUGCUUUGACAACGGCAAAAAACAACAUACUAGAGGGGGUCAGUGCUUCUUUUAAGUUCUCCCAAUGUGGAUGAAGCUCUUUCCUUUUUCUACUCUAUUAAGUAAAGAAGACACUUCCUUUUUAUAUUGGAGUUAAGGAACAGUGCUCACAUUGACAGUGGAUAAGUUGAUAAGUUGGGCUGAUUUUUAACUAACAUUUCAAGACUUAUACAUAAGUAUCUAGAACAAUUCAUUGUUCCUUGAAUAACUACUUAAUAUGGAGUUGUAAAACACUCUUAGACAACAUAUUUGUUUGCCUUGAGUUACAAUAAUGAUAUGAGAGCAGUAUGUAGCCAAUAUGUUACAUAAAAAGUUAUCUUUUUGUCCUCUAGGUUACAUCUCUUAAUUGUUUACCAUUAUUAUUAUUUUUAAAUAUCAUCUAUGUCACCUUUGGAAGAGUCAAGGUAUUACUUUAAGAAUAUAAAAGCCCAGACACAGUCCUUGCUCCCAAUCACCUGCAGUAUAAACUACAAAUGCCCAUACUCUCUGGCCAUUGGCUUUGAAGGAUGUGGAUGAUCAAAGCUGUAGCCCAAAAUAGCUGGAGAGAAAUGUAUUUUAAAAAGCUGCUUUAAGGUUGCCAUUAAUGUUUGGCAACUUCACCUAGUAACGAAGAAGGUUCCAGGAUGGGACCAAUGCCACAUAAUAUGUAAGAUAAAAAAUACAUUAGAAUCUAAUAUCUUCUAUUUUGGAUAACUCUUCUUUGGGACUUGUUGCUAAUUGUUUUUGUGCACUUGCAAGUUCUUUCCAAUGUAUAGCAACCUUAAAGCAAAUUUGUCACAGGGUUUUCUUGGCAAGAUUUGGUCUGAGAGAGCUUCUAAGGUUGAAUGAGUUUCCAUGGCUGAAUGCAGAUUCAAACCUUGCUCUCCUGGUGUCCUAGGGCCCUUCCACACAGCCCUAUAUCCCAGGGUAUCAA